AUGUGCAUCAACUAUCACUCCAAAUGGAUCGAAGCCGCACCCUUGACCGCAAUAACAACUAAGAAGGUCCAAAACUUUCUACAACGCAACAUCUUCUACCGCCACGGUACGCCGGAGUCUAUCAUCACAGACAAUGGCACACAGUUCAAUAAUGACCACCUCAUCACAAGAUGUAAAGCAACAGGGACUACGCUUAAGUUCGCUUCUGCUGCGCACCCCAUGACCAAUGGGCAAGUGGAAGCUGCUAACAAAUUAAUCAAGGGCCUCCUCAGGAAAAAACAGGAUGAAGCAAAGGGGCUUUGGCCCGAGAAGCUCGACAACGUACUAUGGGCAAUCCGCACCACGCCAACAGAGGCCACGGGCGAGACCUCUUUCUGCUUAAUGUACAGCACGGAAGUAGUACUUCCCAUUGAAGUAAUCCAGCCAACACAACGGGUUUCGUUGUUCGACCCCGAGACCAACUCGGAAAAUAUGCAACUUGAUAAACGCAUUGCAGCACACCAUCACAACAUUCUAAACAAACAGCGCGUGGCACGCUUCUACAACUCUAGAGUGAAGAGCAGGUGA